AAGGAGAGUGGCUUGGCUGGGAACACCAGUAGCAGGAUAUAUAAGGACACAACAGGAGAAGGGAGCACAGGAUUCGUACAUGUACAACACUUUACGUCAUGCAUUAUAUGCUUCUACGGAAUACUGAAGAAGCUGGCCCCAACUCCUCCCCUGGUCUCCUGUACUGUCUCCCUGAUCAGGUGGUAGGUGACAGCCCUGUGCAUGGACCCCUGUGCUUCCCAGUAAACCCAGUCAAACUGGCCUCCCCCGGGCCGCCGCACAGCCAGCCACCACCACCCACUCCCCUCAGCCCAGGUUGGGACCCCCCUCAGCACUCGGACCCCCAGGAGCACCUCGCAAGUCAUGCCGGCCAGGUCGAGGGGGAAGAGGGACCCCUGUUCUUCACUGUAGCCAGCGACGAGGAAGACCGAGCCUUUCACGAUGUCUCCACCCUCACAGACGUGUGUAACAGUGAGAACGUCCCGGAGGUGGAGAUUAUCAGCUUGCUGGAGGAGAGGCUCCCGAGCUACACUCUGCGGGCGGACUGCCUGUUCGGCUAUGAGCACGAUGACUGGCUGCACACCCCACUGCUGCCCCCCGAGACAGGACUGCAGCUCACCACAGAGCAGAUUGAGGAGACCCUCAAAUACUUCAUUAUGUGUUCCGAGAGGGUUGGCCAAGUGACGAAAACAUACCAUGACAUCGACGCAGUGACACAGCUGUUGGAAGAGAAAGAGCGCGAUCUGGAAUUGGCGGCCCGUAUCGGUCAGUCUCUCCUCAAACAGAACCGUUCCCUGUCUGAGAGGAACGAGUGUCUGGAAGAACAGCUUGAACUGACUAAAGAGGAGAUCGCUCAGUUGAGGCAUGAAGUCCAGAUGAGAGAUGACCUCCUGCACCUGUACACCAGCAGUGCGGAGGACAGCGAGGCCUGCUCCACAACAACCACGCCACUGAGACACAACGAAUCGACAGCCUCGCUCCAAAGCUGCUUCCACUUCGAUUUCCUGCAGCAGAAACUCAAAGGGCUGGAGGAAGAGAACGUGAAACUACGCACAGAGGCUACCGACUUGGAAGCUGAAACGACAAACUUUGAAGAGCAGGAGCAGCAGUUAGUGAUCGACUGCGUACAAGAACUGACGUCGACCAGCAAGCAGAUGGCAGUGCUGUCGGAGGAGCUGUCCCGCAAGGUGGAGGACACUGUGAGGCAGCAGGAGGAGAUCAGUCAGCUGCUGGCCCAGAUUGUGGACCUGCAGCAUAGGGCCAAAGUGCUGUCGACGGAAAACGAAGAGCUGAACCAACAUUUGGGCACAGCGAAAGAAGCCCAAGAGCAACUGAAAUCUGAGCUCAGCGAUCUCCAGGAGAAGUAUUCCGAGUGUGAGGACAUGCUCCACGAAGCGCGGGAGGAGAUUAAGAACCUACGGAACAAAAACCUCCCCAACAGCACCAUCAACCGCUACAGCGCCCUCAACGUCUUCCCCAUGGACUCCCUGGCUGCGGAGAUCGAGGGCACCAUGCGCAAGGGGCUGGACAGUCCUGCGCCCCCCGAAUUCAAGAAUCACCACAAGCGGGUGUUUGAGACGGUCAAGGCUGUGAACCAGCUGGCCAGGCUGCGCUCCCGCUGCCAAUCCCCACGGAUCCCAGGGUCCGGUCAGUCCUCUGCUGCCCCCUCCACUCUGUCCAGCCGGAUCAGCACACCUCUGUCCAGCCGGAUCAGCACACCUCGGACCAGCUACUACAGCUCGGACAACGCCAGUGUGGUACUGGAGGACAAACCUCCGAGCAGCCAGCCAGCGCCCAACGCCACACACUCCGAGGGGCAGGAUAAGAGGCUGGGGCAGCCUGGUACUCCUGGGGGUCAUGACCUGGAAGCGGCCCUGCGCCGGCUGUCCGCACGGCAGGAGAGUCACGCCUCGGAGCGGCCGUUCUUCGACGUGGAGCGUGAGCGCAAACUGAGGGCCUUGACGGCCGACACGGACGCCUCCAGCGGCUUCCUCACCCCCAACGAGAGCGUCCUCUCCACCAGCACCAACUACUCCGGCAGCUCCAGCUUCUCCCACAGCUCCCGAUCCUACCUCCCGGACCGGCUGCAGAUUGUUAAGCCCCUGGAAGGCUCGAUGACCCUGCACCACUGGCAGCAGCUGGCCCAGCCUAACCUGGGAGGCAUCCUGGACACUCGGCCCGGAGUGCUGACCAAGGACUUCCGUCAGCUGGACAUCGACCUGCAGGAGGUGUACAGCCUCAAUGACCUGGAGGAGGACGAGGUGGACCUGGGUUCGUUCAGGGUACUGGCCAGCUCCUCUCCACUGCCCAGCCGGCACCCCAGCAGGGUGUCUCAGUCCAGUAACAACCUGCCCCAGACCCCGCCCACCAACACCAUCACCACCUGUCGGAUCAUGCAUCCCUCAGUGAAGCAUGCUUCUGUCACGCGGAGCCUUCUUAAUGGAGGUCUGCCCUCUUGUGGGUGCUUUGGGAAGUUAAACACCUCCCAGGCCGGCCCCCACCGCAGGCUUUUCCGUUUCGAGUCCUCCACUAACCUGCGGGAGCACACCAAGAUGCUCAGCACUUCCCUGGGGCUCGUUCGGCUGCUGCAGGAACAUGGGAUCUCAGCUUCCGUCUACACGCCAGACCGAGCCGGGGAAGAGCCGCGGGCCGCCCACUUCAGAGGAACCUGUCCUGGCGAGAGCCAAUCAGAUGAGACACUGACACCAGCUACCUCCCCCAUCACACUGAAGUGUAACAGUCUGCUUGUUAAGACUUUCCCAGGCUCUCAGUCUGUUCUAUCCAUGCAUGGGGGGGAGGACUCUGGAAGCUCAUGUGAAGAGAAUAUUUUCAGUUUCAACUUGGUGGAAAAGUUGCAAGGCCUGGGUUUGGACAAGGUGGUGGCGAGAGGAGUGAUUUCAUCCAAGCCGCUGGACAGAGGUUGUCAAACCCAGGCAACAGAAUGAAGAUUUCUGAACAUUUUGUCCACCAGUGGGUGUUGGCGUCGUAAUAAACUCACGGACUGAGCAAUAUUUAAAGGGGCACUUUAAAAUGCUGUAAUGUAAGUUAGUCUUCACCAAUUAACUUUUAAAAAUAAAAUAAAAUUGUACAUAUGGAUGUUUUACACGUUAGCGUUUAUUACUGUGUUAUUAAAUUGAAAAUACACAGUUUCAGGUGACAAUAAAUGCACUGCAAGCCACACAUUUCAGUUUUAGUGUCAUUUGAAUGCACUCGUUCUGUAAUAUAAUAGAAGGCUAAAUUGAGACAUCACAGUGGUACUAGACUGAAUCCUAAACGAUUGGAAUGGGAAAAUAGAAAUGGAACUGUGUUGUGAGAGUAGUCGCAAAAUGUUACCACUGGCCAGCAUUUCAGGGUUUCAGAGCAUUUAAAGAUCUCUCUUCCUAAAGAUGUUAUCAGGGGUCAUGAAAAGUAAGCAGUGGGAGUAAUGCACUCAGUUUCUGAAGCAAUGUCAUUUUAAUAUUGUUAAGCCACACAACAAAUCCUCUUCAGCCUCCCCCAGACCCUAAAACCCUUCUUCGUUUUUGUGCCUUACUGUGCUGAUCAAUCCAUUAAGGGUAAGUAGGGGAGAGGGUGGUGGUAUGUAAAGAAAGAUUGCUAGUGCUCCCUUUUAAAUGUUGCUCUUGAAUUUUCCAAACCAAAAGAAAAGAAAGAGACUUUGCCCCAAGCCUUCAAGAGGAUCAGAUCAGAUCGAAUUUAACCUUGUGAGAGCAGAACUCUCCCUACGCUUUUCAAAAAUGCAAUACCUGUUUUCUUUCAAAUCCGCAGAUCAGCAUUUCGUAGUAUGUAGUGUGUUUUGUGUACCAGUGCUGUGUACUGUUUUUUUGUUUUUUUUUGCCAAGAAGGACGCAUGUCAUUUUUGAACAGACUCACCUGUUCAGCAAAAGUCAGUCAUGACGGACUAAUGCACUGCAGUCCUCCCAUUUGGCUCAGGUGGCUACAAGUUUGGUAGUCAGUGGGCAACACGGCGACCAGUAGAGUAUUCAAGAAGACCCACUGGCUGUAUUACCUUCUGGUUCCAGUAGGAGACUAAUUGCAAAGCCUGUGUGUAAACAGGAACACAAAAGCAUGCAGAGUGUUGUUUUAUAUUAAAACAUAUGGAUUUGGGGUGUGUGGGUGGGGCUGUUUGACACACUGGGUCCUGCUGUGUUUCACUACUUAACCAACAAUUGCACAUUUUAUAUUAGGAAGACAUUAUUUGGCAUCUUUGGUUUAUUAUUAUUAUUUUUUU